UCUGACAGGCCAUGCCAAAGUUGAUAGAACCCAUUAGCCAGUUGAUUGAAAAGCAUCCCAAUAAAGUUCAAUUGACACUGACAGCUAUUGCUGCUUCUGUUCUGACAGCUUCUAGUAUACUCGCUUAUCAAGCCAAUGAACGACGAUCGAGAGCUAAGACGCUCAAACAAGAACUCAAAGAAGCCGAACUUCGCAGUACGAUCGAUUUGACACCUGUAGGCACUGUGGAUGCAGGACAACCCACUUUAUUCUAUAACCAACAGGUUAUUGAAGAUCAGUUGUCUAAAAACACAGCCUUUUUGGGAAAAGAAGGCACGCGUCGAUUACGGGAUGCAUUUGUGAUUGUCGUGGGUGCAGGUGGUGUAGGAUCAUGGGCUGCCUUGAUGCUGCUACGUUCGGGCGUGAAGCGUAUUCGAGUGAUCGAUUUUGACCAAGUCACACUCAGUAGUCUAAAUCGUCAUGCUGUGGCUACUUUAGAGGAUGUAGGCACACCUAAAGUACGUUGUAUCAAGCAUCAUUUUGAAAAAAUUGCUCCUUUUGUUCAAGUAGAAGAUUGUAUUGAUUUACUUAGUGCUGAUAAUGUGGACACAUUAUUAGGAGGUCAUCCUGAUUAUGUGGUGGAUGCGAUUGAUAAUAUCAACACAAAGAUUGAUUUGAUCCAGUACUGUCAUGAUCAUCAAUUGCCUGUCAUUAGUUCCAUGGGUGCUGGCGCCAAAGCAGAUCCUUCUCGUAUUCAAAUAGCAGAUAUCAGCGAAACAUUUGAGGAUCCCCUUGCACGCACCGUCAGACAGAGACUCAAGAAACUCAAUAUCCUCAAAGGCAUCCCAGUUGCUUAUUCAACAGAAAAACCCCAUCAUGUGAAACUGUUACCUUUAGAAGAAGAAAAGAUUCAAGACAGAGAUGAAUAUGCUACUUUACCUGACUUCAGAGCACGUAUUUUACCUGUCUUAGGUACUAUUCCGAGUAUGUUUGGUAUGGCUAUUGCCAACUAUAUCAUUUUGCGUAUUGCUGAAUAUCCUGAUUUUGAUCCACUUGCUGUCAAAUUAAGAGAAGGUCUUUAUGUUCGAGUUCAUCGCGAAUUAUUGACUCGAGAAAACAAAGUGUUCAAACAAAAAGUCUGUGCUUUGGAUCCUAAAGAUGUUGCCUAUCUCUUUGAAGAAGUGUGGCAUGGUAAAAGUGUUAUUUCAGGUCCUAAUGACAAACUGGCCCUGACAAGAUGGGAUAAAUCAAAACCUAUAAGUCAUUUGAAUGCUGUCUGUAUGACAAGACAAGAAGCCAAUCUGCAUGAUCAAUUGCCUGAAGAAACAGACCUGAAAGCUUAUUAUGGACCUGUGUUUGACUAUGUGACACAUCGUUUUGAACAAGAACAAAAGAGACAGCGUAUUUGGCAUCAUGUAUUGUAAAAAAUAAAAUAAAAUAAAGUCCGCGUUUUUCUUUC